CCCACACUGGUGAAAAACCUUUUUCCUGCUCAGUUUGUGGUCACAGUUUCACUAACAAGAGAAACUUAGAAACACACACGCGAACCCACACCGGUGAAAAACCUUUUUCCUGCUCAGUUUGUGGUCAGGGAUUCACUUCAAAGAAAAUGUUAAAAAUACACUCAAUAACCCACACUGGAGAAAAACCUUUUGCCUGCUUAGAUUGUGGUAAAAAAUUCAUUAGCAAAAACAUCUUAAAAAGUCACACUAGAACUCACACUGGUGAGAAACCUUUUUCCUGCUCAGUUUGUGGUCAAAGAUUCACUGAAAAACAAAGCUUAAAAAUACACUCGAGAAUCCACACUGGUGAAAAACCUUUUUCCUGCUCAAUUUGUGGUCAGGGAUUCACUUCAAAGCAAAUCUUAAAAAGACACUCAAGAACCCACACCGGAGAAAAACCUUUUGCCUGCUCAGAUUGUGGUCAAAAAUUUAGUCGCAAGAACGACUUAAAGAAUCACACUCGAACACACACUGGUGAAAAACCUUUUUCCUGCUCAGUUUGUGGAAAAAGAUUCACUCAGAAGGGCGCCUUAAACACACACACAAGAACCCACACUGGUGAAAAACCUUUUUCUUGCUCAGUUUGUGGUCAAGUAUUCACUCAAAUUCACCACUUCAAAGUACAUACAAGAACCCACACUGGUGAAAAACCUUUUUCCUGCUCAGUUUGUGGAAAAAGAUUCACUCAGAAGAGCGCCUUAAACACACACACAAGAACCCACACUGGUGAAAAACCUUUUUCCUGCUCAUUUUGUGGUCAGGGAUUCACUUCAAAGCAAAUCUUAAAAAGACACUCAAGAACCCACACCGGAGAAAAACCUUUUUCCUGCUCAUUUUGUGGUCAGGGAUUCACUUCAAAGCCAAUCUUAAAAAGACACUCAAGAACCCACACCGGAGAAAAACCUUUUGCCUGCUCAGAUUGUGGUAAAAAAUUCAGUCAAAAGAACGACUUAAAAAUUCACACUAGAACCCACACCGGAGAAAAACCUUUUGCCUGCUCAGAUUGUGGUAAAAAAUUUAGUCGCAAGAUCGACUUAAAACGUCACACUCGAACACACACUGGUGAAAAACCUUUUUCCUGCUCAGUUUGUGGAAAAAGAUUCACUCAGGAGGGCGCCUUAAACACACACACAAGAACCCACACUGGUGAAAAACCUUUUUCCUGCUCAGUUUGUGGAAAAAGAUUCACUCAGAAGAGUGCCUUAGAAACACACACGAGAACCCACACCGGUGAAAAACCUUUUUCCUGCUCAUUUUGUGGUCAGGGAUUCACUGAAAAGCAAAGAUUAAAAAUUCACUUGAGAACCCACACUGGUGAAAAACCUUUUUCCUGCUCAGUUUGUGGUCAGGGAUUCACUUCAAAGAAAAUCUUAAAAAAACACUCAAGAACCCACACUGGAGAAAAACCUUUUGCCUGCGUAGAUUGUGGUAAAAAAAUUAAUUAGCAAAAACAUCUUAAAAAGUCACACUAGAACUCACACUGGUGAGAAACCUUUUUCCUGCUCAGUUUGUGGUCAAAGAUUUACUGAAAAGCAAAGCUUAAAAAUUCAAAAAUUCACUCGAGAACCCACACUGGUGAAAAACCUUUUUCCUGCUCAGUCU